UUUGUGUUGACGUUAGAAAAGUCAUGUACACCAAGACGAAUGAGUGAACCUGGUCCUGACUUAUUUUGAAUUUCAAUAUUUUAUUCCAGCUUUAAAUCUAGACUCUAGAUCUAGAUUUUUAAAAAAAAUAGAGCGGUUUCAUGUAAAGAUAUUUCCUUUGGCUUAUAAAACUUGAUGUUGAAAAUGCUGAGACAUUGUGCACAGACUGUUGUACGUUUGGGAUCAACACGAUAUUCAAGGUUAUCUUUAGAAUCAAAAAGAACAGGAUUAUAUAUUAAACUACUUGGAACUGGAGUCAUCUGUCAGUUUUCUCUCUUUAGUUUUGGGGGUUCAAAUGUGAAGGAUAUUGACAGUUCUGGUGUUUGGAUGUCUGAUCCAAUUACAGAUUUACAACAGUUGAGAGAAAAUGAAAACAGUAUGAGAGUACGUGUAGAAGCUUUGAUAAUGCGAGUACAGGCUGAAUUCUGUCAUGCUUUAGAAGAUGAAGAGAUUGAGGAAGGUGGUAAAAAGUUUCAAGUAGAUAGAUGGUUUAGAGAACAGGGUGGUGGUGGUAUUAGUUGUGUUUUGCAAGAUGGUAUGGUGUUUGAAAAGGCAGGUGUCAAUGUCUCUGUGGUAAUGGGUAAUUUACCACCAGAAGCAAUUCAGCAAAUGAGAGCAAGAGGUAAAAAGAUGAAAGGAAAUGCACUCAAGUUCUUUGCAGCAGGGAUCAGUUCAGUUAUCCAUCCUCGCAAUCCACAUGUUCCAACAGUACAUUUUAAUUAUCGCUAUUUUGAAGUAGAGGAUGAGAAUGGUGACAAGCAAUGGUGGUUUGGAGGUGGCACAGACCUGACACCUUAUUACUUAGUUGAAGAUGAUGUUAUUCACUUCCAUAAAACAUUGAAAAAAGCUUGUGAUUCCCAUGGCAAGCAGUUGUAUCCUAAAUACAAAAAGUGGUGUGAUGACUAUUUUUAUGUUGUUCACAGAGGAGAACGCCGUGGUGUUGGGGGUAUUUUUUUUGACGAUGUUGAUGAACCAUCACAGGACAAAUGUUUUAAUUUUGUCAAGAGCUGUGCUGAUUCUGUCAUUCCAUCCUAUUUGCCGAUUGUUAAAAAAAACAAAAGAAAACCAUUCAAGUACCAUGAAAGGCAGUGGCAACUGUUAAGGAGAGGAAGAUAUGUUGAGUUUAAUCUUAUCUAUGACAGAGGCACCAAGUUUGGGCUCUAUACCCCAGGGGCAAGAUAUGAAAGCAUUCUUAUGUCUUUACCCCUAAAUGCUAGAUGGGAGUAUAUGCACAUACCUGAACCAGGAUCAGAAGAAGCAAGACUCACAGAAGUCUUAAAAAAUCCAAGGGAUUGGAUUUAAUAUAAAACAAUUUUAAAGAUGGUGAUCACCUGACUCAGUAGGAUCAAAUAUUAGAUCUAGUUCAUGUAGGCUAAAUUUGUUGGAUUUUUUUGUAUAUUAUACAAUAAAUACACUGGUCACUAAAAUAUGUAAUAAAUCUCAAGAGCAACCAAUGUUUUAAUGAAAAGUUUUUUUAUUUUUUGCAGUGCAUUUAAUAGCUUAUUAUGAUAAAGGUUUUUUAUAUUUGUUUUAUUAACUUUUGAAAAUGUUAAAAUAUGCCUAUAAUUUCUGAUACUAUACCUACUACUAAAGACUUGUAAAAAAACCUUUGUAAAUGGAGUUUUUAAAAUUCAACAUUGAUAAUGUUGAUGACAAACUGUGUUCAAUAAAAUAAAUCAUGAGAGAAUAAGCUUUUAGUUGACAGUACUUUUGCACCAUUUAUACUUAGAAAUAUUAUGCCCACAGGUACAUGGGACAUUUUCAAGUUAUUCUUCAGGCCUUAUUAUGUUGUAUAAUCAAAAUUAAUCUUUUAAAAUAUUUUCUAUGCAUUAAAAAAUAUCCUGUAUAGUUAUAGUUAUACACAUUUAAAUAUUUUUUUUUGUCUUGUUGGAUCUUGUCAGUCAUGGAAUAAAAUGUGAUAAUUAUUUUGUAAGAAUGAAGCAUUUAAAUGUUGUCCAUUAUAAAACAAAAAUGUUUAGAACGAGACAAACAUAAAACUUUUAAAAUCUUAAGGACAUUAAUCUCAUCUUGUUCUACAGUUACUGAACACUUAUUCUGUUUUGGGCUGAAAAUUUCUCAUCUCAGACUGAUAAUUUAAAUUAAAGUAGUUUGGUAAUUUGGAACUCACUUUUUAAAAGAGUUUAAUAAAACAAAUUAUUAAUAUAGGCCUACUGUUGUUUAAUAUUUAGAUAAAUUGAUAUCUAUUUUUUUUAAACAAUAAAACUUAUAUAUUACAAGUAUCUAUUGAAAUUAUUGUUCCAGUGAUCCUUAAUCACUAAUCACUGUUUGUUUUCAAUUACUACCAUUUGUGCAUGAUUGUUGAUUUACUAUAUUUGAGAUUCAAAUAAACAGAUUGUUACAAAAGUACAUGAUACAGCUAAAA